UUGUAUAGUGCGUCAUGCAGUCAGUGCAUGUUUCCGCUGUGUUCACUGGAUAUAUCACGCCAGCAUCAUCCGAGCCAGACUCCUCAUCCCCAUCCCUUGCCAUGACCUUCAUUGGAACUAUUUAGGUUCAUGCUGAGUUUGUUAUAUUCCCUUGAGAUUCGUUGAUGAAAGCGGACACCUGAGCUGCAUAGCGGCGUCACUGCGGCUGGUUUGCAGCUUUUCUUUUCUCGUGCGAUCCAUGGCCAACAUAGUAACAGCGUCCGACACAGUGGCAGCAGUCGAAAAGAUGGCGCCUCCAACUGUCCCGCUACUUCCCGACAAGAGAAAUGGAACAAGCAGUCACGGCUCCCCGGCCAGAACUAAAAAAACAACUGCGACAAACACAGACAAGAAGCCCCUGUUGAAUGGACUUGCGUCGCCUUCACACUUGGUUGCGACCAUCAGCACCAACCCUGCCAGCAAACCAAUUGUGGAGGGAUUUUUGAAGACAGAUGACAGGAUGCGUUUAGCCAAAGAGAGACGGGAGGAGAGGGACAGAAGCCUUGCGGCACGGGAGCAGCUGAUCAGGGAGAAGGAGCGUCGCUCUCAACUGCAGUACGAGCGCACGGUGGAGGAGCGCUGGAAGCGGCUGGAGGAGCAGAAGCACAAGGAGGAGCUGCGCCGGGCUGCGGUGGAGGAGAAGAGAAGACUGCAGCUGGAGGAGGAGAGGGAGCGGCUGGAGGCCCUGAUGAGACGCUCCCUGGAGCGCAGCCUAAGCCUGGAGAACAGACAAAAACGCUGGAGCAGAGGCUUCCAUGUUGUAGCAGGUGACACUGAGAAUGCCUCGCUCUCUUUCUCUGCUGCCUCCACCCUUUCCCAUGGCCUUGCCUCCCCUAUACCUGCUGUCAGCGAAUCUGGUAAUGUUUGGCUCUCCUCAGCCACCUCCACUCCCAAAUGUAUAUACCCCCCAUGCAACUGUUACAAUUUUAUCCCUGCAUUUGUUUGCCUUUGGGUGGGAUUUCAAUUCCCCACGCAUAAAGCGCCUUGCAGCCCUCGCAGGUCACCUUUGUGCAACUCGCGGAGCUCCGCUGAUGCCCACAGAAACGGACUAGUGGAAGGCUCUCGGUCCACUCCCAACACCCCCAAGAAAGAGCGUCUGCGAAGGCAGAGGAGAACCGCCUCCCCGGGUGGUCCGUAUUUGACGAGAAGAUCGGAAUCGCCGGCGAGUGUCAUCAAACAGACGACACCUCCGACUACCUCCAAAUUGGCUUCUAAGACACAAAUGCAGUCUCCCAUCCGUGUCCACGAGUCCCACAGCUCUCCCACCGGACCUCGGCCUUCCGCGAGUAAAGCACAACAGGGUGAGAUGGUGGGAAAAAAUCCCGGCCAUACCCGCAGUGCAGUUGACGUAUGCAAAACCGGACCAUUUGAAGCCGUCAAAGGUGACGCACCUGAGAAAAAAGAGGACCCUUCCGAGAAGAAAUCAGACCAUAGCACUCAAACUAGAGAGAAAAAAAGAGAAUCAUCGCCAUGCACGACCGCAGGGAAGGCAGCAACCGGGAUAACCAAUGCGGAGGAGGCUAGCAGGCUGCUGGCAGAGCGUAGACGCCAGGCUCGGGCACAGAAAGAACUGGAGGACAAAAAACGAGAGCAAGCGGAUGAAGAAAGGCUCCGUGAACAGCAGACCAGACAACAUGCGCAAGAGCAACAGCAGCCUAAGGCCAAGGAGCCUGGCGAAAAUGGCACAAGUUCCGACGAGGCAACGCAACAAGGAGACAAACGGCGAGAGGAUGUGCAGGAGAAGGAGCAAACAGACACAGAAAGAGAAAAGGUGAAAGUUCAAGCCCACGUCGAAGCUCAGCGUCAACGUCAAGACCGUGAACAGCAGACGCAACAGGAAGAGGAGGAGAGGCAGCUGAGAAAGAAGAGAAUUGAGGAGAUCAUGAAGAGAACGAGGAAAGGGGAAGCUGAUGUGAAGGACGAACAGGUGGAGACCAGGUCACCACCAGGAGAGUUAAAGACUGUCGAAAGUAAAGCUCAGGAAGACUUUAAACGGUGUAAAGAGCGGGUCACAAGCGACGGGGAGGGGAAGAAAGAAGCUACAGCACAGAUGGACUAUCGGAAGCGUGUUGAAAACAAUGCUGAAGCGAUGCCAGCUCACAGUGUUCCUGAUAGCGGGAAAAGGAUAGUUGCAGAUGAACUGAACAAGGAGGGUGCGGACGAUCCCCGACUACAGGAGAGGGAAGUGCAAAUGAUUGCAAACAAGCAGCCGAGAAUCAAAUUUAAAGACAAGGACCCAUUCACAAAAGAACCAACCAGUGAGGCAGGUGGCGCAGUUAAGCAAAAUGGGAUGCAUGGAGCAGUCACGAGGGCAGAAAGUAUCUCUAGUCGAGGUCAUGUGACAGCUGAGGUAGACAAACUGAAAGCGGCUUCCUGGGCGGGGGAACCCGAAAGACAAGGACGUCGACAACCAUCCGCCAUUCAUCUGGAGCCACCGGAGGUGAGGCGGUCUUCUGAUGAGGUGCAGUCCAUGGACAUCAGCCCAGCAUCAAAGGAGGAAUUGAUUUCCAUCCCAGAAUUCUCACCAGUUCAUGAAAUCCAGCAAUGCAGCUUAAGUAACACCCGGGCCCUUCAGGACUUGAUGGACCUGACAGGUAGCAUCACAUGCUCCAAAAGGACCUCUGAAGGCAACGUCGGCGACUGCAACAAAAAUCUGAUCCAGGGGGUCGUCAGCCCCAUGUCGGACUCGAAGCUCAUCGGGAUGUCACCACCCUCCUCGAAUCAACUUAAUAUCCACUAAUGCAACCAACGUUUUCUCCUUUAAACAUACUAGAGCUGGCAUUUAGAAAAUAGACAUCUACCAAUACAUUUAUGGACAAGAGCCAUAGAAACUGACAGCUACUAAAAUUACCCCUAGCGAUAUUGCAAUAUAAUCACAUGUAGCAGAUGUGGAUAACGGAGUAAGGGUGGGCCUGUGAUUGAUUGGCAAGCAGUCCAGGGUGUAUCCUGUGUUUCACCCAAAGCCAUAGUCUUAAAGACAAUUUGAUGUGAUUUUCGUAUUGAGACUUCAGCACUGUAAGUGGUCGAUGAAGAUGAUGCUGGAAAAAAAAAGAUGUUUGUUGCAAAUUGGAAGGAAAUCUGAACUUGGAUUGGUGCAGCAGUGAAAUUGAUUUGAUCUUAUUACAAAGGUGAAUUUGGCUCAAUGAGCACUUUCAACCUUGCCUCGAAUAUUUUCAUAGAUUUACUUUAAGAAAUAAGAAAAUUUGUCAACUGUUGAGGGCCUUGAAAAUGCUUGCACAACCACGUUUAGGUUUUAGUGUCUAAAUGUAGAUUCAUUUUGGAAUGACCUGAAGGAAGAGCUUUUGAUAUCUGUGCUACCACUGUGCUGACAUCGAUUUUUUUUCCCUCUGUGCAAUGAGGUUCAGUGUGUGACCUUUAACACCUGAAUGCCCAAAAUCUUGUCCAAGUAACAUUGCUUAGCACAUGUAGCCCAAUAUAUGUCAACUUUCCAUUCUCCCCUGCAAGGGCCUUUAUAAUGUUCGUUGAUAGAUCAGACAUUUAAUCUUCUGCAUAGAGUGGUUUAUAAUUGGCUUGAUUUAUUUCCAGAACUGAAUUUAAAGAAAAAUAUUUCAUUUGCAGAUACAUUUUAGCGGAAAUAGAACCAUAUAGGCUCAUAUUUCAAGAGGAGUGACUUUUGUGACUGUUGAGUUGUGCUUGGUUAUCAUGGCCAAAAAUGAUCAACUCAAUAAAAUAUAAAGUCAUCAA